AGCUCCGCAGUCUUCAACUAUGCGCGUGCUUCGUCUUGUCACAUGCUGAGUCUGUUGUCGAUAAAGAAUGAAUCGUCAAUUGUGAAUUGAGCGUCAAGUGGUGAUGAAUGUUGGAGCUGGUGUCGUGUUUUCGUCCUGUGUGGUGAUACUAAUUGCUACAGCAACCGACGUCUGCUGCGCUAACGGAUAAUACGACCGGAAUGAAGAUGGCCAUUUUCUCCUGCUGGUUGCUUCUACUGCUAGGAUGUAGCGUCCCUUCAAAAGGAGUGCUCGUGUUCUGGUCUCCUUUCCACGACCCCCGAAUCUACGAAGGGGCCCCAGGCGACGUGCAUGUCACCAGGAUCCACGCACUGGACGAAGCGUUUCCGCAACGCCCCGUCGCCUACAGCCUGCUCGAUGUGAAAGACUACGAAAGCUUCAGCCUGGACCACUCAACGGGGAAUUUGACCACAGCCCGAAAGAUCGACCGCAAUGCAGGAGAAAAAUACGAGGUUAUAGUUGCAGCAGUGAGCCAAGGAGUGACAGAGCUGAAGACGCUACAGAUUAGCGUUACGCUGGUCAACCGAUACGCUCCUCAGUUCGAGAGGCCUUUGUACCGAGCUGAGGUACAUCAGACGCGCACCAGGAUGGGCUACCGCGUUAUGCAGGUGCGUGCCCACGACGCCGACCCGGUGCCUUACAACGCUGAGGUAUACUACAGUCUGGAGAGCAGUGAAGGAGGUGCGGCAAGGUUCUUUGCACUCGACACCAUCACGGGGGAGCUGACGCUCAACCGGUCGCUAUCAGGCCUGUCGGAGACCACGCUCACCUUCUCGAUAAUGGCUGAAGACGGAGGUUCACCUAAGAAGUGGGCGUGGACCAGAGUCGAGAUUAAGGUGAAGACAAUCUCUGAGCCUCUCAAUGUUCGCUCCUUGGUGUUCAACGAGACGGCUGUCCGUAUUUGUUGGCUCCGGCCGUCUUCGGGCAACGUAUCGGGCUACGUGAUCAAGUACCGAGCGGCCGCAGACAACGCCACCUCGUACGUGAACGUUACCACCGACGCCCAGGAUAAAUGCACUCCCGUUCAUGACCUGAAGCCCUGGGCCGAAUACGAGUACCGCGUCUUCGGCUGGAACUCCCGUGAAGAAGGUCUCGGCAGUCCCGUCGAUCGAUUCGCCACCAGGCUGGACUACUGCCUGAUGAACGUGUGUAAGCACGGCGCAUGUGAGACUACGGGUGAUAAGCCUGGCUACCGCUGCCUCUGCGAGCCGGGCUACUUCGACCAGUCGUGUGACAGCUUUGACCCGUGCUCCCAGACUCCCUGCAAGACCUUCGGCACGUGUGUCAACACCAGCCACGCCGAGUAUCGGUGCGACUGUUUCACGGGCUUCUCCGGUCGCAACUGCACCACAUUUAAUCCGUGUGCACUGAACCCUUCACCCUGUCUACACGAUGGCGUCUGCAUAUCUAACGCAUCGCAUACUUUCACCUGCCACUGUGUGGGAGGCUACUAUGGGAAGACGUGUCGUAACUACGACCCCUGUUUUUCCCAACCAUGUCUCAAUGGAGGGCAGUGUAGGAAUCAGUCGGAUACCUUGUUCACUUGUCAGUGUGCCCCAGGGUUUGCUGGUCAUGUGUGUGAACAGAAUAUUGACGAAUGCCUUUCCAACCCUUGUAAGAAUCGUGGCGAGUGCGAAGAUGCCAUCAACGGCUUCAUCUGCAACUGCCAAGGCGGAUACAAAGGGAGCAUGUGCGAGAUACGAGAGUCGUGCCCGGAAGAAUUCCAGCAAACCGACAAAGGACUUUUUCAUUGGCUGCCUAUACCGCAUGGGUCCAUUGCCAAAGUGGAGUGUCCGUAUGGUGCAUACAAUCCAGCAAGCGACUACAAAUAUGCGAGGCGAAAGUGCCGCUUGCUUUCUAACGGUCAGGCAGCAUGGGUGAAGGUAUCUUCACAGCAUUGCAGAUAUAAGAGUUUUCAAGCUGCCGAGAACAUAACAGCCGAGCUCGAGUUCCUGACACAUGAUCCCAGCAGCAUCAGACCAGAUCAGAUCAGAUAUUUUGCUGACAAAAUCGAGCCAGUCGUAGACUACGCUGUCAAGGACAUCAAGAUCGCCCAGGCCAUGAUACAUGUGAUUAGUAAUUUUCUGGCACUGAAUGACAGCGUCCUGGAAGAAGGAGACGCCAAUGGUUCAGCAGUUGAGAAGCUCGUUGGAAUCGUGGAAAGAUUCACUUCCGAAGUUAUCCUCGGACCAGGCGCCUUGAUAAUCGAAAAUGAAAACCUGGUGGUGAAGGCCAUUGCGUGGUCACCCAAGUUGCUCUCCCAGGGACAAGACAUAUUGAGCUUUUCUUUGAGAUCCAGCGGAGACCACUACCUACACGAAGAUUUCUCCGGCGAUGGCGACGAACAAGAGGAAGGCGAGAACAUAGUGAUCACCAUCCCCUUUGAAGCCCUCUCGGUGGCCAUUAAUAGCUCGGGUAAAGAGAGUGAACGAGGUCCACGAAUAGCUUUCGUGUCUUAUCGGAACGACAAGUUCUUCCGACCCAGGCACAAGAUACGUGGUGCACUUGUCUCUACUGGUCAAGUUGUAUUAACAGCGAAAAUUGGCAACACAAAAAUCGAAAACUUGACCGAUCCUCUGGUGUACACGUAUCCGACGUACAUUCCUGAAAAUUAUGUCUGUGCGUUUUGGGACGAGAAAAAGAGUGAAUGGUCCACAGAAGGAAUCACAACCAACCUUUCUGGUAACGUGACAAUAUGCACGUCAACCCAUAUGACUGCAUUUUCUCUUCUUCUGGACCCCAUGCCAGAUGUAGAGACUCUUCCGCAUCAUAUGAGAAUUCUAUCCAUGAUAUCCUACGUGGGAUGCAUCCUGUCUAUCGUCGGAUUGUGUCUUACGCUCCUGACAUACACGCUAUUCAGGUGUCUGAACAAGGACCGCUCUGGAAAAAUCCUCUUGAAUCUCUGCGUGUCCAUGCUUCUGUUAAAUGCUUCCUUUCUGGUGGGAUCCUUACACGAGAAGCUCGGAUGGAUUGACCUGUGCUUUGCUGUAGCCAUUGCCAUGCACUACUUUCUUCUCACCAGCUUGGCCUGGAUGGGUGCUGAGGCCCUCAACAUGUACCAGAUGCUCAUCCACGUGUUUGCUUCUUCCGAGACAUGUUUUAUGUUCAAGAGAUGCAUCGUCGCAUGGGGGAUGCCAGCAGCAGUUGUGGCCGCCUGCGUUCUUAUAGACGUUGAACCUUACCGGUCACAUAAAGAAGACUGCUACUUGACCUCAGCAAACCCUUACAUCUACUACAUUGGCUUCUUGGGCCUCUCCUGUCUCAUACUGACUGUCAAUCUACUGGUGUUUAUUAUGGUCACUCGGGUGCUCUGUACUUCACGCUCAUCGAGUAAAUCAGCCGGUGCUGCCACAAACACAACUCCACCGAUAACGUCGGCCCAAGUGCGAGGAGCCUUCACAGUCAUGACCCUACUUGGCGUCACGUGGAUUCUUGGCGUGUUCGCAGUGGGAGAAGCGAGGACCAUCUUCCAGUACAUCUUUUGCGUCUGCAACUCGCUGCAGGGCUUCACCAUCUUCGUCAUUCGGGUGGUGCAGUAUCCUGAGGCGCGUAGUGCGUGGACGCAGUUGUUCAAAACCGGAACGUUCAAGAGACACCGUGGUACAGGGCCUCCCGGAGGUUCCUGGUAUGCCAACUCAAAUCCAAAGCAGAACAGCCACUCUUCAAUGGUACGAGUGACGUCCAGUAGUACAGACAGCACUAGUACGGUGGUCUUUAACAGCAACAUAUGGAACAGGUCUUCCGGAAAGGAUUGUCCUACUAGGCUGUCUCGUUUUUCAGGCAUGGGCAGUUUACUGAAGAACUGUAACCUUCAGAAAGAAGAGAAGAAAGCUAAUAGCUUACCUCGCAAAAGAAAAGGCGCCAAGGUCGAGCAGCAAGAUACCAAAGAGGGCCAUAACGGUGUUGUGCCUAUGGAAUUUUACUCGUCCACCGAGCAAGUAGCAGCGUUGAGCAAGGUCCCAGACAUCUACAAGGAGGACCUCGCAGUAGAGCACGCGCUACAGCCUAAUCUUGUGAUAGAUUCGGCAAUGUUCAUGGAAGGAGAGAGACCGACUACCUUACAGCAGCCUUGCGAUGGGUAUGGAGUACAGAAAGCGCAUAUCCUGUUUGCGUACGCCGACGGGCCGCCAAUCAGGAUAAACGGUGUCGUACACACGCCCGUCGACAAACCAAAAGUGGAGUGUCUCAGCACCUUCCAGCCUGCGCCGCAAAACAAGAAGGCAGAUCUUUCGCAGUCACUGCAUGGUAAUCGAACGUCCUUAAACGAUGACAGAAUACCAGAAAACGUCAGGUCCAAUCCUGUGACGCCCUCGGAUGCCCCGUUUAUCCCAAAUCAGGAGAAUACGGAACGCAACACGCUCCUUACAUAAGCGUCACUGAGACUGCACCAGAGGCAUUACUGGCCUCAUGGAGACCUCGUUUUCGGCGAAAAGACCGUGACCGGUCGGAGGCGAAUAUGGGAUCGAAAGACACUCAUUCCGGGCUGGAAACGGUGUCCAUUUGAAAGGCACUAGAAUAUUCUACAUGGAAUACUCUCCUAACUAGAAUGCGAUUUUUAAACUCAGCAUGCAAUCCAACAGGUUUUUUGACAUCGUUAAGAAAACUAAAUGGAGAGCCACAUGGCACACUCUUCUCCAACCGUAUAUCAGUCCGCUGAUUCCGUUGGCAUCCCGUCGUGGUCGACAGCGAGGGGACUUCCGACAUCACCUGCCAUUAUUUAUCGUGUACAGCUUAUGAUCCCUGGAGUUGUGAUAGCCAAAGACAGACUUCUGUGAUCAGCGGUUUGUGUUGAUCGAACCUGGGUUGCCUUACGAACGACAAAUCACAAGUACCACUGUUGUGCAUCUCCUGUUAUUUGUUCAGAGGAUCGUUAGGGAAUCUUUUGUGCGUCGCCAGGAUGUGCUGCACUGAACAAAAACACCGUCCUCCUGUGAAAACCCUCUACUUAUACGUCCAGUGAAUGUGUGGGUAAUUUAUGUGUGACUGUGUGUGUUCUUUCGAGGAAUAUUUUAAGUUAUAUUCAUUCCAGUCGUCAAUUGCCGUGAAACAUUGUACAUAUGUUAGGAACAGGUUCACAAUGCAUUUCUAUAAAGGUGUGUUACAUAAAAGUCAUAUUUCUC